AUGGAGUCUACAAUCACUGCAGAAACCGGGAAUACGUACGAAGUCUCAGACCAAGUCAAGGAUUGCAACAGAGAAUACAACCAAACGUUUGGCAAUCUGAAGAGUCCUGGGUGGCCUCAGAACUAUGACAAUAACCUGGACUGCACCAUCAUUCUCAGAGCCCCGCAGAACCACAGCAUUUCCCUCUUUUUCUAUUGGUUUCAGCUGGAAGAUUCAAGACAAUGCAUGAAUGAUUUCUUGGAGGUAAGAAACGGCGGCAGCAGCACCUCACCACUGCUUGACAAGUACUGUAGCAACCUGCUGCCCAACCCAGUCUUCUCUCAGAGCAACGAACUGUAUCUGCACUUUCACAGCGACCACUCGGUCACCAACAAUGGCUAUGAAAUUAUCUGGACCUCCUCUCCGACUGGCUGCGGAGGGACUCUUUUGGGCGACGAAGGGAUAUUCACCAACCCUGGCUUUCCUGGCAGUUACCCGAACAACACUCAUUGUGAAUGGACCAUUGUUGCUCCUUCUGGAAGGCCUGUCUCUGUCGGGUUUCCCUUUCUCAGUAUCGACUCUUCUGGUGGCUGUGACCAGAACUACCUCAUAGUCUUUAAUGGUCCAGACGCCAACUCCCCACCCUUUGGACCAUUGUGUGGCAUCGACUCCGCUCUGCCCAGUGCUGUCAGACGCAACCCUGCCCAGUAUUCUGUUCUCAUCCCCAUCUCUGCCUGCGUCAUCAAACAUGGACUGAGCUUCUACAGCCUUUACCAGAGAAAGUGCACGACGGAUUUUAUACAUUCGGCGUUCUGA